CCUUCCAACGCCAAUACGAGAAGACUACCGUGCUGUCCAGAAGUUCAGACAUGUCGCUGCAAGUUUGCCGUUCAAGAUCGAAUCCGAAGAGGAGAUGCAGAAUCGACUAGACUUGAUACUAGCGAGGUUGGUACAAGCUGUCGAAUCGCAGGACUAUGAAUAUGGCCUCCUCCAGUGGGAUAGCAUACUUGCAUCUCAGACAACGUAUAAUAUGGCAUAUGUGACGGAGAAUGUUCGAAAGUUCUUUCCUCCCAUUUGUAUCGAUGAAAUGUUGCAAGAAUUUGUCCCACAUAUCAUCGGCAGUAACCUAGACUACUAUCUGCCCAUGAUGUUCCGCCUUUGGGAAGCAGUGAAUAGUUAUGCAUACGAUGAAAGGAUGCUACACUUCCUCUCGAGGCUUGCAGAAAUGCAUGUAGAUCCGUCGAUCAGCAAUCCCAAGCGCGUAGAUGAAAUUCCUGCGGACUGGGAUGACACUCCACCGAUCAAAUGGUCACGACACGAUUCAUCUGAGGAUUGGAGAGGCCUUUAUAAAGAUGUAGGAAUGUUUAGUGACGAUGAGUGGAACUUCAUCAUGUGCAAAUGCUUGAUUUCUAUGGAGAUACCACUUGCCGAUGCUGGUUCAUUGACCACAGGGCCCUCUGUCGAUGGUCAGGCAGGUUUCGAAAUCGGGAGACUACCACGAUCACCUGUAUCCGGGACUUCUACUCCCUUUUCUGCCCCCAUUGGUACCCCACUCGCGGGUACCUCCCCUAGUAAGGUAGCAGACUAUUUCUCAGCUGCCCUUGGUCCCAAAGGCCGAGUGAAGGACAAGAAAUACUUGGGCGGCUCAAAGGCAUUGGACUCCUUUUCAAAAUUGAUCAUAUCUUGCGAAAGCUUUUUCCAUCCAACUAAUGGUGGAAAAUGGACCAAUGACCUCACCGCCCUCAUCAAGUAUGUUGUCUUUGAGUUUAACAAAAGAUGGCAUGAGGAACUGAAGCCUGAUUGCAAAGUGCCAAAGUUAGUACGGUGUUUGCGCACCGUCUGCCUCCUCUCGAUCUUCUCAUCUGAUACUACUACCACUUCAAAUGUGCAAAGUGCCUUCAAGUCGAUGAUAAGCAUGGAACCAGAUCUCAUCCUCCCCUCAAUACUAGAGAGGGCUGUUUCGGCAUUGGAAACGCUCACGGAGACUCAGAGGACUCUUGCCAUCAUCAAAGGUCUUGGUGCUGUGAGCAUGUGCAUGACGUCCAGAAGCUUGUACUAUCCUGGAUCCAAGCAUAUCGCCCCCAUUUUAGAACUUUUAAUACCAGGAAUCGACUUGAAUGAUCCAACCAAGACGGUCUGCACGUCUUCUUUAGUCAAAGAUAUCGCUCAAUUCAUCAAAUUCGGAGAUUUAACGGAAUUCACCAGUUCGCACCCCAAUGGAUUCGUAUCUCCCGCAUUCUUGAGUGCUCCAGGUACUCCAGGCACCCCCCGUCGCACCAGCGGUACAUCGACACCUACUAUGAAGAUAAUCCUACCGACUAUAAACAUUGCGCACGGCUUCACGGGAGAUGAAACUCCGAACGAUAGUGAACCGCGCCUCCCUGACUCUGAGGAGGAUGCACUAGUAAAGGAGUCCACAGCUAGCUUCUCCAAUUUUGUAACUUCCUGGUUCCAUCGAGUGAUUACACUGAUGGAAAAUCUACCAGAGGAAGGUCAACCAGGGACUCGGGCUGGGGGAGAAGACGAAGUCGCUGUGAUAGACAAUGUCGGAUCGACAUGUGUUCUGAUUUGUCAACACUUAUCUGAACCCCUAUUUGACCUCGUCUUGAAUAUCCUUUACGACUAUGCCACUAGUCACGUACGCCCCAAUGCCUUGCGAGCGAUUCAUCAAUUAGUAGAAUGCCUCGCCAUUGCCGAUCCUCAAAAGACUUUGGAGCGCUUUGUGCCCCACUGUAUUCAGCACAUACGGACUGAGAUAGAACAUGGUGCAAGACAACAUCUUCCUCUGAUGCCUUACCAUCAGAUGCCACCUUACACUGGAGUGAGAAAUUCAUCUUAUCCAAUUGGGUUUGAGAUGCCCUUCCUGACACGUCUUUCCAGAUCUAGCGAUUCUUCGAGGAGCAAUGGUGAAAGAUGGAAGGCGUAUUCUUCCCUAUAA